GGGAAACAGAAUUACCUUCCCCAUCCUAGGCAGAAUUAUCUGUCCUUGAGCACACUUCCACUACAGGAAUGAAGUAAUUCAGACUGUGGGGAUGGUACCAGAAGAUCUCAAAAUGAUUAUCUUCUAAGCUAACAAGUGAAUCACAACUCCAACCGAGAACACGUGGAAUACAGUCUUGGAAUCACCUCUUUAAAAGUCCCGUGCUCCCUUUGAUGGGCAAAAUAACAGCCUCUGGGACAGGAGUCCCCUGUGCAGCGUCUUUGCUAGCAAAGCAGUAAAUUUUUUUUUUUCCUUUUUGUCAAAACUGUGUCCUCAAUAUUGAAUUGGUAUCAGGGACAAGGACCAAGCUUUUGGUAACAUAUUGGACAAUAUUAGUAUGUGGAGGAACAGUACAGCAUGCUGGGCUCCGGAUUUAAAGCUGAGCGUUUACGAGUCAAUUUGAGAUUAGUCAUAAAUCGUCUUAAACUAUUGGAGAAAAAAAAAAGUAAUGGGAUUUGUGCCUUAGCGGAACUGGCCCAGAAAGCAAGGAAGGAGAUUGCUGACUAUCUGGCUGCUGGGAAAGAUGAGAGAGCUCGUAUUCGUGUGGAGCACAUUAUUCGGGAAGACUACCUCGUAGAGGCCAUGGAGAUCCUGGAGCUGUACUGUGACCUGCUGCUGGCUCGGUUUGGCCUCAUCCAGUCUAUGAAGGAGCUAGAUUCUGGUCUGGCCGAAUCUGUGUCUACACUGAUCUGGGCUGCUCCUCGACUCCAGUCAGAAGUGGCUGAGUUGAAAAUUGUUGCUGAUCAGCUCUGUGCCAAAUAUAGCAAGGAAUAUGGCAAGUUAUGUAGGACCAACCAGAUUGGAACUGUGAAUGACAGGCUAAUGCACAAACUGAGUGUGGAAGCCCCACCCAAAAUCCUGGUGGAGAGAUACCUUAUUGAAAUUGCCAAGAAUUACAAUGUACCCUAUGAACCUGACUCUGUGGUCAUGGCAGAAGCUCCUCCUGGAGUAGAAACAGAUCUCAUUGAUGUUGGAUUCACAGAUGAUGUGAAGAAAGGUGGCCCUGGAAGAGGAGGAGGUGGUGGUGGGUUCACAGCACCUGUUGGUGGAACUGAUGGAACAGUGCCAAUGCCUAUGCCUAUGCCUAUGCCCAUGCCAUCUCCAAAUCCUCCCUUCUCAUAUCCACUGCCUAAGGGACCAUCGGAUUUCAAUGGCUUGCCAGUGGGGACUUAUCAGGCCUUUCCCAAUAUUAAUCCACCUCAGAUACCAGCAACUCCCCCAUCAUAUGAAUCUGUUGAUGACAUUAAUGCUGAUAAGAAUAUUUCUUCUGCACAGAUAAUUGGACCUGGACCCAAGCAGGAAGCCUCUGCAAAGCCCCCUUCUAGACCUAUGGAUAACUAUGACAACUUUGUACUGCCAGAGUUACCAUCUGUGCCAGACACACUGCCAACUUCAUCUGCUGGUGCCAGCAACUCAGCUUCUGAAGACAUUGACUUUGAUGAUCUUUCCCGGAGAUUUGAAGAACUAAAAAAGAAGACAUAGGUCUCUUAAAUCAGGCAACCUCCACGUUCUGGAAGUUGAGACUGAGUAGUUUCUCCUUGUAACAAAGAAUCUCCAUGAAAUUCCGUUUCAUCUAUUAACCAUCACUGAGCGUGACACUCUUCCUUGGGGCUCUCUUCCUGCUCUACCAAAUUCUGUUGCUUUCCAGUUCUCUAUUGAGACUAAGACACUAACAACUGGAGACUGAGGCCAGAACCCUGGCUCCUGGCAGUUGUGCCUGUUUCCUGACAGAGAGAUCCCAGGUUUUCUCCCACAAUCCUUCCCCAGGAGAAUGAGAAGAUGAAGCAUUGUGAGGAGAGCCACUGGAGAUGGCUGGACUGUGGAGGAGAGCUCCUCAUGAAGUGUCUCAGCCGUCAGUUGUGGUUCCAGACUUGGAAACACUUCCCUCUGUACAGAGGGAUUGUGCUGAGAAUCAAAGCCACUGUGUGUUUUCUCACUCUCUCAUAAGUAGGAGAGAGAGAAAGUGGCUCAGGAAGCCAUGGUAAUGGUUCUUGGAAGCUGGGCUCUUUCCUUGGCAUGUACACUACUCCUUGCUGCAGGGCACUGUUCCACCUGGAUCCAGUUGCAAAGUGGAUUUCAAAAAAGUUGAAGGCCUCUCUUAGUUCUACUGGAUUCUCAGGGAGCCCUCUGUGGCCUUUUACUUUAUUUUGAGUGCUGUUUCCCCCUUUUUACCAGAGAACAGCACUGUAGAAUUUUGUUUUUGCCCAUAGCAUGUUAAUAGCAGAGGGAGGACAGGUCACAUAUUGGGCAGAAGUUGCUGUUCAAGCCUAGGGUGGGCUUCCAGCUGCCUUAAUAGAAAUACUCAAGUCUCUUGGGUAGUGAGCUGGAAGGCCUACAGGAGAAGAGGGGAACCUGUUUUCAUUUGAAAACUUUAUGAUUAAGGGAAUCUUUAAAAACUGAUUUCAUAUUUUUAGUGCCCAUGUGACUAUAUUUCACUGCUUUUCUGGGUGGAUCAGACUUGUUUAUUGUAACUUAUGUGCUCCUUUGUCCCCUAAGGUCAUCCUUCCACACAGGGUUGGCUUUGAGAUUAAAGAUAGGAUUUUUGCUUCUGUGUAGCACAGCUGUACAUAACCUGUUUCAAGCAACUUUCUUCAAUGUUAUUGAUUUGUAUUUCAUAGCUUGGUAGUUGCUAAUAAAAUUAGAAGAUCCUGUGUC